ACCCCCCAAAGCCUAGACAGAAAAGCCUAUAUAAGAUGCAAUGUCUGUAAGAAUCUUAAGUCUGUGGUUGUUGUCACGAGGGUAAAGUGCCAUAUUGCAAUGAUAAGAAAGAUUUCUCCACACCCUAAGAUAAAGAAUUUGAUUCACUGUCCAAUAUAAAAGACAAUCGGUCGUCGCAGAGAAAAAUAUGGCGGUUAUGCCGCCUGUCAAUGUGGCAGGCCACUGACAAUAAUAUGAGAAUCGGGUAUCGCUGUACGCCCACACGUCUAUCGAAUGCCGAUAAUAGCAUAACGAAUUUCUGAUUUAAGUCUGCACGUGCCGUACCGAGCAACGAUGAGUAUUUUGAAGAAGAGAUUAAACGAGUUCGAAGAUGUACUAAACGCUGAAGAAAUAGAUCUCGUUAGUAUCAAACGAUUAUGCUUUCACGGUAUACCGGAUGAAGGGGGCCUCAGACCGCUAUGUUGGAAAAUUUUGUUGAAUUAUUUACCUCCGACUAGAGCAAGUUGGUCGGAAACCCUUACUCGCAAGAGAAUACUUUAUAAAACAUUUAUUGAAGAUCUGAUCGUCACUCCGGGUGAAGCGAAUGCCGAUGGCGAAAGGGUAGAUGUCACACUUCACGAUCAUCCCUUAAACUUAAAUCCUGAUAGCAAGUGGCAAACUUAUUUUAAGGAUAACGAAGUUCUUUUACAAAUCGAUAAGGAUGUUAGGAGACUCUGCCCAGAUAUUUCGUUCUUUCAACAAGGUACCGAUUAUCCUUGUAAAGAAAUUGUAAAUGCCAGUGGACAGAAACGUUUACAUCAUAGAGUACAACAUACAGUUUUAAGAAGCGCGAAUGUGGAGAGGAAAGGACUCGGUGUUACUAAGCAGAUAGCUGUUUCCAUUAGAAAAGCUGCAGAAGAUUAUGCACCGCUUGCAGAGGGUGGUGAAGCGCACUGGGAGGUUUUAGAGAGAAUACUUUUCUUAUAUGCCAAACUGAAUCCAGGCCAAGGCUAUGUGCAAGGAAUGAACGAAAUUGUUGGUCCUAUCUACCAUGCCUUUGCUUGCGAUCCUGACCAAAAAUGGAGAGAGCACGCAGAAGCAGACACCUUUUUUUGUUUCACCAAUUUAAUGGCUGAAAUUCGAGACUUUUUUAUAAAGUCUUUGGAUGAAGCAGAGUUCGGUAUAAACUCAAUGAUGAGCAAACUUACUACACAAGUGAAAGCUAAUGAUCCCGAAGUUUGGAUGCGUUUACGACAACAAGAAUUGUGUCCACAAUAUUACAGUUUCAGAUGGCUGACGCUUCUCCUGUCUCAAGAGUUUCCGUUACCCGAUGUCAUGAGAAUUUGGGACUCUCUAUUUGCUGACGAAAACCGAUUCAGCUUUCUAAUACAUAUUUGUUGUGCCAUGAUCUUGUUACUAAGGGACCAACUACUUGCUGGUGACUUUGCUACAAAUGUUAAACUUUUACAAAACUUUCCUUCGAUGGAUAUUCAAAUAGUGCUUUCCAAGGCUGCUGCAUUAGCAGGGAAGUGUUUAAAUUCGCCAUAACAUACGAUUACGUAUAACUCUGUGUAGAGCUAAAGUCGUAAACCAAUGGAGAGUUUGAACUAUUCAAAGGUAUACGCGUUCCAUGCUGUUUUUCUCUUUAUUUCCCCCUUCUUUUGCAUUGUUAAUUUUUAUUUUAUAUCGAAAGUGUUACAAAUAUGUUUAAAGAAAUUUUAAUUGUGUUAAAUAUAAAUCCGAAAAAUGUAGGGAGGAAAUAAACUAAAAAUAUUAAUUUCAUUUCAGUAGAUUUUAUAUUAAAUCGCGCAAUAAUCUGUUUUAUAUUGUUUUGUUAUAAAGACAAUAGUUCAGGCACUACGUUAAACGAUGUUUGCCUUAGAACAUCUUAAAAGUAUUUAUACAGAGCAGAACAUUCUGCCAUGAAUAUCAAAUUAACAACUAUACCGCCUGCUUCACACUUGCAAGCAGAGAAACUGUUUGUUGAUAUAAAACAGACGUGAUUGUUAUACACAAUUCCCUAAAGUAAUAAAAAGUAAUAGCGAAAUUGUGUAUGAGAAUCUUUGAUAUGAAAAAUGUUUUUAAGUAAUUUUUAUACUCUCAAAAGAUAAAAAUCUUUGCGUUCGUAUAGGAUGGUUAAGGUGUAAAUGUAGCUCUCUGUUUCCUCGUGAGCUGAUGAGAUUAAGAGAAGUUCUUAACACUGCACGAGCAAAAAUAAGUUUAGAUUUGUAAGUGUUAUAAAUAUACCUUAUUGAGAAACAUUUCUUUUUAAAUGCCAGAGAAAAUAGGCUUAGCGUAAGAUAAAUGAUUUAAUAUUUUAAAAAUGAUAUCAUCGAUGCAUGAUUUUUGUAUAUCAUUUUUCUGUCAAUUUGAUCUGAUAAAUUUCUUGUAUUAUUGAAGAUAGUGUUGAUCUUAUUAAUAAGAUUUUGGGGUGUUUCUCAAAAAGGUUAAACAGGGGUGGAAGAAUUGCGCUGUGAAAGAAAACAUCAGCCAUAAGAUAAAUGUAAAUCGUGUUACCUUUAAGAGAAAUGGGAGAAAAGAUGUUUGUAUACCCCAAAAGGAUUUAUUCGUGAAGUUAAAAUUCAACAAAUGAGAUAAAAGAAACAAAACAAAAAUAUUUCCAAAACAUUUGAAAUUACUGGCUGACUCGGUAUACAUUUUGUAUCAAUUAAACAGUAAUACAUUAUUAUUGUUUGUACGCGCAAUAAUUACAUAAUCUGUUUAAGUAAAAUAUUA